AUGGAAUAUUUCCUUAAAAUGGCAAAUAAUUUCCAUCCUUCAUUGACAAACAAAAUCUUGCCUUCAAUACGGGCUGGUCUUACACAGAGUCUUCGCCUUGGAGUUAUUCGAUCACUCACACCUACUGUGGAGAAUCUCUUACGUUUCCGACAGGACAUCUUCCGUGAAUUCAGCAACAUUUUCGGUUCUCUAAUCGAUCCUAACCUUCCUCUCCCUCCAACAGCAAAAGGAUUGCCAGAUCCCCUUUUGAAGAAAGGUGGUGUCGGCGGCGGCGGUGGUGGUGACAAUGGCGGGAAGGGCGGCGUUGGUAGUAUUGAUGGUAAUAAAUUACCCUACCACCAAUCUCGAGCCCCUACUCUUGCUAAGUCUCCCCAUCUGUAUUCUGAUCCUUUUAAACUAAAUAGAGAAAGUCCUAGUACAUGUCCAGCAGGUAGCGCCGCUAUUCCAUCAGAUCCACGUCUUCGUCGUGGAAGUCAGUCAUCUUUUCUACCUCCGACUGGAAAUCGAUCCACCACCACUGUAAAACCUCGACCACCAUCUCCACUUGAGCCUACUUUUUCUCCCCCUCCAUCACCUCCUCCUGAGCUUGAUGAUGGUAAAAGACGGUUUCCUGAUAGGAGCAAGGGAACGCUAAAUACUCACCCUCCAAAACUACUUAGUUCACCUGAGUUUAAAAUUGAUGAAACCGCUGACAUGGAAACAAUUCAACAGCGUGUCACUGACCUACGCAAAAGAUUCAUAUCCUACCAGAUGCGUUAUACCCACAAGAUGAAAGUAAAUGUAAAUGUCAUGGAAAUUCUCAAUCAAUUUGACGGAGAAAUCCACAAAUAUCUGGAAAAGUUGAUCUUCAAUGCACGAGAUGUUGGUCUGCUGAAGGAGAUUGAUACAAACUCAAUUGGAGAUAGCCGAGGUUCGACCCCCGCGUCUUUGUCAGAUGAUAUGAGCUUUGCGGAUGUCUCCGAAUCGCUGCAGAAUCUCGUUUUGGCUGUACUAAAAGAUGAUUAUUCUGAUGACUUGGCAAUCCUUGGCCGCAUUGCAGAUGUUAUUUCACAAGUUUGUCUUCCCUUCUUUGAUACUUCUGUGGAGUUUGGUGACAGAAAGUUGCUGGAGAGUAACCAGAUCAGAUCUUCUCUGCUUCCUUCCCAGAUGCCGAUUACCAAGGAGUACGCUUAG